ACUUCACUGCCCGCGCAGCCUGCGGUCAACAGGCACCAUGGCCGGCGAGCCGGAGGAUCUGGGCAGCCAAGAAGCGCAGAACGUCUGCGAGGCCCUGGGGCGCUACGAGGAUGCGCUGCGGGGCGCCGUGCGCGAGAUCCACGUGGACAUCCAGGUGUUCAAGCAGGGCGUGGGGCGGCAGGUGGAGGAGGUGCUGCGCCUCGCCAGCCCCCUGGCGCACAGCGUGUCCGAGCUGCAGCAGGAGAACCGGCGCUUGCGGGCGCAGCUGGAGCGCCUGUCCCGGCAGGUGGAGGCCCUCGGCCGGUCGGCGGGGCUGCCGCAGGAGUGGGCGGACGAGGCGGUGCGGAGGCCCCAGGCCGCGGGACCCGGCUCUCCGGGACACGGUUCGGCCGGCGGCAGGUUUUCCAGCCAUGCCAAGUUGUCUGUUACCGGCCGGAGCCAAAGUGUAGAUCUGGAUGACCGCCACAAAUCUGAGUUCAGAAGAGUUUUUAGUUCUUCCAUCAUUGAAAAUGGUCAUCAGUCUUCAGUAGACCAGGCAAAAGUCUCCCAUGAACUGACCUCUUUUCACAUGUCAGAGACAUCCCCUGAAGCCCAUGCCCCUGCAGUCACCUUACAGAUGCCCCAUCUUCCUGUUACUGCAGUAACCAGGAUACCAGAGAAGUUUUCAGGAGAGACUGUUUGUUCAACAGGAACAACUAAUGCAUCUGCUGGCCUGCUGGGACAGAGCAAAAGCAAAAAUGCAAUGGCAAUGAAAACUUCCAACCAGUCAGUGAAGGCCUGGAAUUCAAGUAUGGUGACAACAGUGGGUUCAUCUGCUACUGGAGAGAAUACUACUUCUGUCACUAAAUCUGACUCAAGCGUGAGCUGUGGGACAAGUAGUGGAACCAAAACUGAUGAAAGUGCCAGUGACAGUUACUGUGAUGUGAACCCCAGCUCUCACUCCUCUCCUCCCCCUGUACAGCGCCAAGUUGAAAGGAGGCGAGAACUGGUGCGGUCUCAGACGCUCCCACGGGCUACAGGAACACAGGCCAGGAAAGCGCUUUUUGACAAAUCUGAGUAUGGAGCUGGAAGAGGAAAAGGUGAAUCCAGAGCUAAACUGAAGAGGUCGCAGAGUUUUGCAGUUGCCAACGCUAGCAGCAUUAAACAAAUUCUGUUAGACUGGUGUCGCUCAAAAACCCUAGGAUACAAGCACAUUGAUCUCCAGAAUUUCUCCUCAAGCUGGAAUGAUGGGAUGGCAUUUUGUGCUCUUGUGCAUUCUUUCUUUCCUGAGGCUUUUGAUUAUAAUAAGCUGGACCCAGCUAAUCGCAAGCAGAACUUUGAGCUGGCCUUCACCAUGGCUGAGAAAAUGGCUCAUUGCGAUCGUCUGAUAGAAGUGGAUGAUAUGAUGGUGAUGGGUCACAAGCCAGAUCCCAUGUGUGUCUUCACGUAUGUCCAGUCUCUAUACAAUCAUCUACGACACUUUGAAUAAACCCAUUGACACUUCUCUGGACUGAAGGGUUAAGUACACUGCUAAUGGAAAGAGUGACAUUUUGCAAAUGGAACACUCUUAUUCCUUACUUUUUACUGUCCCUUUGCUUACAUUCAGCUGUGUGGCUGACUGAAGUGUUGCUGAGCAAUGGCCCAAAGUGUUGCAUCACAUCAGUAUUAUUUGUCAGUAAUACAGAAAUACAUUUUUAAAAGGCAAAAAACACAGGGAAAAGUAACUCUGGUGCUAGCAGGGGGUUGGAUUUUUAAUAUUCUUUAAAGGUCACAGGAAGCUAAAUUGCUGUCCCUGUCUCUAUUAGGUUGGGGACACAGUCUUAUGCAGUGACAGUAACUCUGCUACGAAGGUGUUCCCUCUUAAAAUAUGAGUAAAACUCCAGAAAAUAGCAUCUUCAGUUCCACUUGUCUCUUAAACAUGGCACAAAAAAAUAGCAGAUGGACAAGGAAAAUUCCAAGAGUACUCAACUACUAGGGCAUUACUGCCUCUCCUCCAACCCUAGCCCCCACUAUAGCAUAAGUACAUGUACACAUCAAACAUUGUUCUGUUCUCUUAAAGCUGAACAAGAACAUAGCCUCUUACCUGCUGACUGGGAUGACGGAUAACUGCCGUGUUACAGAACAGCAUUUGUCUGUAAUGGUCAAAUCUAAAGUGAUUUGCUUAAAGGCUUGCUAAAACCUCUGCUUGCAGUACUGGAUUUAUUUCCUGAUUAUGAAGAACAGCAACAGCUGGGCUCUUCUGUGUAUAAGAACGUGUUUGUAUGAUUUAAAAUUGGGGAUAGGGUGGGGUUGUAACAAGGUACAAAAUCCUCUGAACACUCAUAAUAGAAGCAAGACUGUAAUGUACUUUGACCUAGACUCUGGGGGAAAACAACUCUCCAGUGUGCACAGGAAUUAAGUCUUGAUGACGUGCUCAGUCCUCGUGCUGACUCAGAGGUGGACAGGCAACGUGCCGAGAAAGUAUGAAAGGUGGGAGUUUUGAAAUGCCUUGGACUAAUUUCCCUUUUCGGUUAAAUCAGUGUUAACACCACAGUGCAUUAGGAUUAUCCCAGAUUUACUGAACAAAAAGGUCAUGUGUCACCCUUCCUGGUUUUUUCUUUGAUAAAUCAAUGGAGUUUUGUUUUCAUAGUGAAUGUUAAA